AUGUCAAAAUCCGAUCUUGAAGACAGCUCCGGCUCAGAUACGAAUGGUACGACCGAGACACCAGCCAAAAAGCCGACAGUAUGGCAACGAUUCAAGACACAUAUGAAAAGAAGAUGGUGGAUUUAUUUGAUAGUGCUUUGCUGCAUUGUUCUCGUGGUUGUUCUUCCACUUGUCUACGUGGGAAUCCCUCACUUUGCCAACGACUAUAUUAACGACUACAAAUUCGACUACGAGGGACUCGCCAUCACCAACCCGCGACCUACAUCCUUCCACGUCAGCCAGUCAAAGAAGCUCAAUAUGGGCGGUGGGUUUAGUGGCAGUGGGCACUUGACGGCGUUCAAUGCAAGCAUUCGAGUCCCAGACACCAACGAGGAAUUCGCCGUGUUCCCGGUGCCUCAAAUUGAUUUUAGUAAUGGCGCAGAUCUGAACAUUGAUCAAGAUCUUGACUUGUCGUGUGUUGAGUGUCUCUCGAAGCUGGCUGUUGCGGCGGCUACGAAUCAGAGCUUUGGUGUUUUGGUGACUGGUGACCCGGACUUGAAAUUUGGUGCGCUUCCGACUGCUCACUUGAAUAUUCAUAAGACGAUGAACAUGAAUGGUAAGAUUUGGCAGCUCCUUGAGAGAUCAGAGAUACUGUUGAUGCUGACAAUUGACACAGGCUACAAUGUUACCGACUUCGUCAACUCACAAGGUGCAUUCAACAUCACAAGUCUGGAUCUCAUGAAUCCACCCGUCAAUGGAUUCAACUUCAACGCCACAAUCGCUCUGAAGAAUCCAACCCCGUUCAUCGUCGAAAUGGGCCAUGUCAUCUUCAACCUCACCCUAGGCGGCUCAAAGCUAGGAUACGUCGAUAUCCCAAACCUGAUGCUUCAACAAGAAAACACCACGGCAGUCAUCCUCGGCAACGUCGACGAGUCCAUGCUGAUUCGGGAGUUUGUCUGGGGGGAUGGAGAUAGCGGCGAUGUCACGAUUGGUGUGAAGGGUCAUAGUUGUGACUAUAAUGGAGUGGAGAUUCCGUAUUUUGCGGCUGCUAUUAAAGCUGUUGAUGCUUUGGCUACGGUUGAUUUGCUGAAAUAUGUCAAGCUUCUGAAAUAG